GUUGAAGAAUACUGCCAUGUCUCUCCUAUUUAAUGCCCCAACUCGUUCUCCCGUUUUCAUCGGCAUCUCUUCAUCUCAAUUCCCAAGCUAGGUUUUUUCAUUCCCACUAGAGAAACUUGAGAACAAAAUGGCUUCUUCUGGCUUCAGUGCUAAACAAGUUAUCCUCUUGGUAGCUGUAGCUGCCUCUCUUUUGGCAGUCACUCAGGCUGCAACCGUGGUCGUUGGAGGCUCCGAAAACUGGCGCUAUGGCUACAACUACACUGAGUGGGCGGCCAACAAUGCACCUUUUUACUUUGAGGACACCUUAGUGUUCAAAUAUGAGCAAACCCCAGCUCAUAGCGUUUACUUGCUGCCAAACUUGUGGAGUUACUGGACAUGCGAUUUCAGUAAAGCAAAGCUUUUGGCUAAUCCAACACAAGGGCAAGGUGAUGGCUACAAAUUUGUGCUAAACCAAUGGAGGGUUUUCUACUUUGCUUCUGCUGAAGGUAAUGACUGCAAAGAUGGGCUGAUGAAGCUGAUUAUUGUGCCUUGGCCACGUUAUUAAAAUCCUUGAUACAAUCACUGUGCUCGGUUUGAAGCCACUCCAUCACAUGGGAGAGGACCAUCAACCUUGCUUGAAUAAAUAUAAUAAAGGGUCAUCACUUGAUCAUCAGUAAUAAAACCAUUCUAUGUUAUUAUACCUUUUGUUUUAUUUUUCCGUUCGAUUGGUAUAGUUACAGGAAAUAAAUUGGUGAAUUGGUGUUCGUUUUUGUUAAAGCAAAGGUGUUGUAUGUUUCUUGUUAUUGAAUGGAUAUCAGAUUUAGUUAACCUAAAGAAAAAAGGGCAAAAAUGUUUAACCUCACUUUUGUAACGGGAAUGAAAGAAAAAUCAAAAAC